UUUAAUCUACUUUUAGAUAUGGUGUGAAGUAUACGCGUACGUUUCUUUUACCGGGAACUGUUUACAGGGAAUUUUAAAUAAUUCUCUUGUUAUAAAACAUUUCAAGAAUUUGUGACUAUUUUGGUUAAGGGAUGAAAGCUUUGACUUCAAGUAACAGUCCGCUGUGUUGAGAAAAUUAAUGGCAAAUUCUCUCUAUAUUUGAAGCACUGUCGAGUGUACAAGACAAGCAAAAAUAUGGCUUUUAACAGAUAAUGUGGUUUAUGUUCAUUUAGAGAAAUAGACAAUUAUUAGUGCAAAAAUAUAAGAAAAUUACAAAUUUUAUUGAUUCUAAAUUAUAGUGGCAAGGAUGACAAUUGAACAUGCUUGAGAAAAGACCAUGGACCAAGUUGGUAGUUCUUCUACUGGGAUUUGUGAUAGUGUUGUUAUUAUGGCACGAAUUGUCAACCCCUCGUUAUAUAGUAGUUCCAGCCUCCACAACAAUAUCUACACCAUACACAGUAUUGACAAAGGAUGACCCCGGCUUCACCGAAAAAGUUCUUCACGUACCGGAGAACGACUACAACCAACUGAUUGAUCUCAACUUUAAUUUUUCUAUGAUUAACUUCAUUUGCAACGAAACCAUUCCUUUACUACUACUAGUAUUAGUGCAUUCAGCGCCUUCAAACUUUGAAAAGAGGCAGACUAUAAGAGAAACAUGGGGAGAAAAGGAAGACAACGUGAAAGUAUUAUUUAUGGUUGGCAGUGUUGGUACUCAUUCCGAGCACUUACAGAAGAUGAUAGAAGCGGAAAACGUGUUGCAUAAUGACGUUAUUCAAGGCAGUUUCGCAGAUACAUACAGAAAUCUGACUUAUAAGCAUGUGAUGACUUUGAAGUAUUUCGUUUACCAUUGCCCUCAAGCCAAAUAUAUCUUGAAGACUGAUGAUGAUGUAUUUGUCAACAUGCCAACUAUGAAAAAUUUUCUUAUCUACGACUUAUCCCCUCAUGGUGCUAGGAAAGGUUUAUUUUGUACACCUAGAUAUAAUAGCUUAGUUUUAAGGUCCUAUAGAUCAAAAUGGAGGGUGUCUUUUUCGGAGUACCCUGAAAGAGUGUACCCGACGUACUGCCCGGGUUGGGCGCUGCUCUACACGCCAGAUGUGAUAUUUGCUAUUUACAAGGAGGCUCAGAAGUCGAAUUUCUUUUGGAUAGACGACAUCCACAUUACCGGUACUCUUUUUAAGAAACUCAAUUUUACUCAUACCAAUAUUGAACCGUUGGUUUUGUCUGAGUCUAACUUAUACAAUAUUGUUUAUAGAUCUUAUAACGUAUCUCAGCCAUUUCUUUUUGGAUCGGCUAAUAUGCUAGAAAAAGAAAUAAGAAAGCUAUGGAAUUUUGUUAAAAAGCGCGAAGCGCAGAGGUUUAUAUUUAGUGAUAUUACAAAUAAACGUUGGCAUCAAUGUGGGAGUGAGACAGGGAGACGUACUAUCAAUCAUGCUGUUCAACCUAGAUUGAAGCUAAAAAGCUUACUGAUCUACGAUUUAUCCCCUCAUGGUGCUAGGAAAGGUUUAUUUUGUACACCUAGAUAUAAUAGCUUAGUUUUAAGGUCCUAUAGAUCAAAAUGGAGGGUGUCUUUUUGGGAGUACCCUGAAAGAGUGUACCCGACGUACUGCCCGGGUUGGGCGCUGCUCUACACGCCAGAUGUGAUAUUUGCUAUUUACAAGGAGGCUCAGAAGUCGCAUUUCUUUUGGAUAGACGACAUUCACAUUACCGGUACUCUUUUUAAGAAACUCAAUUUUACUCAUACCAAUAUUGAACCGUUGGUUUUGUCUGAGUCUAACUUAUACAAUAUUGUUUAUAGAUCUUAUAACGUAUCUCAUCCAUUCCUUUUUGGGUCGGCUAAUAUGCUAGAAAAAGAAAUAAGAAAGCUAUGGAAUUUUGUUAAAAAGCGCGAAGCGCAGAGGUUUAUAUUUAGUGAUAUUACAAAUUAACUUAAAAGGUUAAUAGAACAGAUUUUGAUUGAAAACAAUUUCAGAUAGUCUGAGGGUCAUGAAAGACUGAUCGAGAAAGACUUAAAGAAAGACUAUAUUUGGUAUAAUUAUAGGCCAGUAUUACCCCAUAACCAAAUAGUCCUCAAAAUUAUUCAAUUCGCUGUAAAUUUACAUCUCUCUGGUGCUUUCUUCUUCUUAUGUCAGUAUCAUAUUAGGUCCCCUAACGUUGGCAAUUACAUUGGCCAGUUGUACACGAUUUUCUGCAAUACGUAUUCCUGUCCAAUCACGAAUGAUUUUGGGCCAUGACAUCUGCUUCCUUCCAAUUUCUCUGCACCCUCGAUUUUAUCUCUCAUGAUAAGCUGAAGGGUUCUGUACCGGUUCCUCUAAGAAUAUGCCCUAGGUAUGAAAUUUUUCUUGCUUUAAUCUUCUUCACUGCCAUCUCCGCGACGGAGGUUGGCAAUCAUCAAGGCUAUUCUGAUGUUAGAUGCUGCUGCUCUGAAUAGUUCGGUUGAUGUGCAUCCGUACCAUUCCCUCAAGUUACGCAACCACGAGAUUAGUCUCCUUCCUACACUUCUCUUGCCCUGGAUUUUCCCCUGUAUAAUCAGCUGAAGUAUGUUGUAUCUCUCCUUGCUUUAAUAGCUUUCAGUAAAUCAUAAACGAAAUUUGCUCUAUUUAAAAUAGCUUCGUUGGUUUGCAUCGCUGUAGAGGAAAUUGGGAGCAUUGUUCUAUGCAACCACAUCUCAAAGGCCUCUAGGCGAUUGAUCAUAUCAGCCUUUAGAGUCCAAGUUUCGGUGCCAUGGAAUAACACAGACCAAAUAUAGCAUUUGAUCAUUCUUUGGCGCAAUUUUAGCUUUAAGGUGUGCUUACAUUGUAAUGAUUUCAUCUUUAGAAACGUUGGCAUCAAUGUGGGAGUGAGACAGGGAGACGUACUAUCAAUCAUGCUGUUCAACCUAGAUUGAAGCUAAAAAGCAUACUGAUCUACGAUUUAUCCCCUCAUGGUGCUAGGAAAGGUUUAUUUUGUACACCUAGAUAUAAUAGCUUAGUUUUAAGGUCCUAUAGUCAAAAUGGAGGGUGUCUUUUUGGGAGUACCCUGAAAGAGUGUACCCGGCGUACUGCUCGGGUUGGGCGCUGCUCUAUACGCCAGAUGUAAUAUUUGCUAUUUACAAGGAUGCUCAGAAGUCGCAUUUCUUUUGGAUGGACGACAUCCACAUUACCGGUACUCUUUUUAAGAAACUCAAUUUUACUCAUACCAAUAUUGAACCGUUGGUUUUCUGAGUCUAACUUAUACAAUAUUGUUUAUAGAUCUUAUAUCCCAUCUCAUCCAUUCCUUUUUGGAUCGGCUAAUAUGCUAGAAAAAGAAAUAAGAAAGCUAUGGAAUUUUGUUAAAAAGCGCGAAGCGCAGAGGUUUAUAUUUAGUGAUAUUACAAAUUAACUUAAAAGGUUAAUAGAACAGAUUUUGAUUGAAAACAAUUUCAGAUAGUCUGAGGGUCAUGAAAGACUGAUCGAAAAAGACUUAAAGAAAGACUAUAUUUGGUAUAAUUCUAGGCCAGUAUUACCCCAUAACCAAAUAGUCCUUAAACUUAUUCAGUUCGCUACAAAUUUAUAUUUCUCCUGUGCUUUCUCUUCUUCUUUUAGUGUCAUAUUAGGUACCCCUAACGGUGGCAAUUAAUUUGACCAGUUAUACAAGGUCUUCGGCUAAUAGUUGUUCUGCACUACAUAUUCGUGUCCAAUCGCAAAUGUUCUUGAACCAUGACAUCUGCUUACUUCGAGUCCUCCUGCGGCCUCAAUUUUAUCUUUCAUGAUAAGCUGAAGGUACUGUACCGGUUUCCUCUAAGAACAUGUCCUAGGUACGACAUUUUUCUUACUUUAAUAGUUCUCAGUAACUCACGAACGGGAUUUGUUCUAUUUAGUGUUGCCCAAAAUCGGUCUUGGUCUUGCAGUCUUGGACUUGUUCUUACGUUUUCGCAAGGCCAAUACCAAGAUUGCCUAUUUUAGCAAGACGAAGACUGACAGUGCAAGAUUUGAGCAAGAACAAGACUAAGCCUCUGAGCCUCUUGCGUCUUGGAGUUAGGACUAAGUGUCGUUUUAGGGAGUGUAGUAGUUCGGGUAUACACACACCCAAAAUUAUAUGGAAUCACCUGAUAUUUCUUAUUAUUUCGUGCGAAUUUAAAAAAAAAACGAACACACGAAGUCAAACAAUAUUCAUUUUAAAGCAAUUUAAUAACAAAUGCAUAACAGUUAAAUAAAACAAUAAAGUAUUAACAAACAAAUUGAAAUUAUGUAGUUGUUUUAAAGUCAAUAGCAUAACAAAUUUCAAUGUAAAACGAAUAAUGUUUAAAUUGUUUUUAUUUAUUUUUUCGCUUUUUUUAGUCAGUGUUAUCACCCCUAUUCCUUAUGCAAGCUUCAGUUUGCGUAAGCAAACUGAAAUCAAAUUAUCAACAUUUUAUUGUGGUAGGUUGCUCCAUCCUUCAAGAGCAGCUUGUAUUAGCCGUGAGGUGUUUUGUGGAUUAUCUUGGUGAGCUCUAAUUUUUCUUUUAAGCAUAUCCCACAAAUUCUCUAUAGGGUUAACAAGCAGGGUGAGCAAGCAGGCCACUCCAAACAAGGGAUACCUUCUGCUUCAAUGAUGUCUCUAUCACUCUAAUGGUAUGUGGAGGUCCAUUAUCAUGUAAGAAAAUUAAAUGUUCUCCUGUUGCACCUCUCUAGAGCCUAACUACAGAUUAUCAACAUACCUGUGAACAGUUAAAGUUGAUUGGAUGAAAAUUAAAUGAGUUUUUAUACGAAUCACAAUUCCUCUCCAGAACAUUACACUUCCCCUUGUAUAUUUGUGAACAGAUCUGACAGUUUCCGUUCUUGCUUGUCUUCCUCGACCUCUAAGUACACGAUUUAGUGGGUCAUCUGAUUUUACACAAAUCCUGACUUUUUCUGAAAAUAGCACAUUUUGUCAAUUCCCAAUGUUCCAGUUUUGGUGGUGAAGACACCAAUUUAGGCGAUCAAUCUUGUGCUGCCUGGAUAACUCGGGAACCCAUAAUUGUCUCCUGCUCUAUACUUCUUGGCACUAACUCUUCUUCUUAUCGUUUCAACUGAAAGAGUUACACCUGUAGCUUCCAAAAGCUGCCUUUGGAGCUGCAGGUGAGAAAUGGUUGGGUGCCUUCCAGCUGAAUGGACAAUCAAACGAUCGUGGCGUGCUGUUAUUACUUUUUGGCGACUUUCCCUUGCUUUAUUUUUGAACUUUCCUAGUCCUGUUACCUAGCAUAGGUUUUGGACAGAACGCCCUGUGUUACGCCUCGCCUACAGCUAUGUCCCUCUGAUAACAUUACUUGCUCCACAAGGCCAAUAAUCUUUCCCCGUUGUAAGUUCUAUAAUCCCAUAUGACGCAUAUUUUCGUUUUUGGACGCAAAAGUUAGUUUAUUUAUCUUCGUUCAAUUUGCAACUCAAACAAAUAACCUUAUACCGUACCGAGCUGUACUAUCUGAUUGUCUUAUAGAUUUGUUUAUUUUCAAUAAAAACCUUUAUUCUUCGCAACAAUAACAAGUUUUUUCAAAAGAAAUAAAUAUUACUUUGAAAUACAUGGUGGUUCCAUAUAAGUUUGGGUAUGUGUAUGCUUAGAGAUUCUAUGAAAUGCAAAAAAAUAAUAUAACAAUAAAAGUAUCCAUUAAUAGAACGCUGGAUAUAUUUGACACAUACUUCGACGUCAUAAUUACAAUGCAAAAAUGAAAUAUUUUGUGCAUUCUAUAAAUAUUAUUCAGAAAUGGAUAAUUAGAAUUAUAUACGGGAAAAAUAUAAGAUAUUCUAGUGAGCUGUUAUAUAACGAAAGUAAAUUUUUAACUGUACGUAAAUUAUUCUGCUAUAAAGCCCUUAUACAUAUACAUGAAAAAAAGAUAAUAUUAAAUUUUAACAGUCAUGCCCAUCAAACUAGAUAUAUAAAACAUAAUGCAAUUCUACCAAAAUGUAAUAAAUCCAUCCUCCAAAGAUAUGUUGGUUACAUAGGGCCCAAAUUGUACAAUUUACUACCGGAUAAUUUAAAACAAUUUAAAAAUUAUAAAAAACAUAGGUAUAAAUAUGAAAUUAAACAAUGGAUUGGGAGCAAAUCAACAAAAUUUUGCGAAGAACUUAUUAAUGGACAAUUCUAAUAAAUAAACUUAAGUAUGAAAUAAAUAUCGAAAAUAAAGUUUACAUCUAUAGAGAUUUUUAUUAUCAACUGCAACAUUCCUUGAAUUGAUGGACACAUUUAUAUCACAAAUUACAUAUAGUAAAAUUAGUAUAUUUUUAUUUUUUUUCUUAUUUAAUGUUAGAGUUUUUAGUAUUUUUAUAAAUUCCCAUAUAACUGUAUACAUUUAUACAAUUGUUAAAUAUUUUUUGUUCUUGUUUAUAUUGUAAGUUAAUAUAUUAUAUUUUUAAGUCUCACGCACAAGGGGUGCUACUUUUGUAUGUAUAUUAAUAAUAUAUAUACAAGGUAGCUCAACUUCAGUGAGUUAUUUAUGUUUAUUUAGGUAGUACUCAUUAUGCUUUUUAUUUUUUGUAAAUCUUUAUUGUUAUUUCUAAAUAAAUAUUAUAUUAUUA